UAUUCUACUUUGAAUCUCAAUUGAAACUCGCACAAAACUCGAUCGGGGCGAGUGGGCCGGAUGCUCACUAACGCAAACCCAAAUUCUUCCCUCCCGCGGAGCAGCCUUACUUGGAAGUCCUUCUCAUUUUAGUUGGCGGAACAACAUUCGGUGCAACCCAUUUCAGGGAUCCGGGAUUCUGCCUCCCUCUCUGAAUCGCCUAUUAAUUCUUGCUCUGGAAACGAUCGAAAUCAUCCUCCUAUCCUAUGAAUCGGAGCCCUUGCUUGUGAAGGAAGGAUUCUCUCGCCGUUGCAACUGAAUUUCUCAGCCUGAUGGUCAGAAGCCUGAGGUGUACCACAGUGAAGAUAUUAGGUGCUGAGAGCUCAAAAUUCUCUGAUUGUUGAUCUUUCCCUCAGUGGGUGCAGGUACUGAUGUCGAGGUUCCAUGUUGGUGGGAAAGCAGUAGAGGUAGUUGAUUUGUUAAGGAAGAGGCACUGGUCAUGGCGCUUGGAUGUGUGGCCUUUUGCAAUUAUUUAUGCUAUUUGGCUAACUGCCAUUGUUCCUAGCAUAGAUUUUGCAGAUGCUGCCAUAGUUCUUGGCGGCCUUGUAACUGUUCACGUCCUGGUGUUUCUUUUCACGGCUUGGUCAGUGGAUUUUAAAUGUUUUGUGCAAUACAGGAAGGUUACUGAUAUCAACCAUGCAGAUGCAUGUAAAAUAACUCCAGCAAAAUUUUCUGGUUCCAAAGAAGUUGUGCCGCUUCAUUUCCAUACAGUUGUGGCAGGUCCUUCAUCCUCGGUGGAUAUAGGCGAGAUAUACUUUGAUUUUAGAAAGCAGCGCUUCAUCUAUUCGAAGGAGAAUAAUACGUUCAGCAAGCUUUCUUACCCUUCAAAGGAAACGUUGGGCUUCUAUCUCAAAAGUACUGGCCAUGGCUCAGAAGCUAAAGCUGUUGCUGCCACUGAGAAAUGGGGAAGGAAUGUGUUUGAAUACCCUCAGCCCACGUUUUGGAAAUUACUGAAGGAACAAUGCAUGGAACCUUUUUUUGUGUUUCAGGUCUUCUGCGUGGGUCUCUGGUGUUUGGAUGAAUAUUGGUAUUACAGUUUGUUCACCUUAUUUAUGUUGUUUAUGUUUGAGUCAACAAUGGCAAAAAGUCGGCUAAAAACUCUGACCGAGCUUAGACGUGUAAGAGUGGAUGGCCAGACCCUAAUGGUGCAUCGUUGUGGGAAGUGGGUGAAACUUUCUGGGACUGAUCUUCUGCCUGGGGAUAUCGUAUCCAUUGUGCGCUCUUCUGGUCAGAAUGGGGAAGAUAAGUCUGUUCCAGCAGACAUGCUUAUAUUGGCUGGGAGUGCUAUUGUGAAUGAGGCCAUUCUCACAGGCGAGUCAACUCCGCAAUGGAAGGUUUCAAUCGCAGGCAGAGCUCUUGAGGAGAAGUUAUCUGUUAAACGAGAUAAAUCCCAUGUUCUUUUUGGGGGGACAAAGAUUUUACAGCAUACUCCAGAUAAGACCUUUCAUCUGAAAACCCCUGAUGGCGGCUGCUUGGCUAUUGUUCUACGAACUGGGUUUGAAACGAGUCAAGGAAAACUGAUGCGGACAAUUUUAUUUUCUACAGAGAGGGUUACUGCUAACAGCUGGGAAAGCGGGUUGUUCAUUUUGUUCUUAGUUGUAUUUGCAGUAAUAGCUGCUGGUUAUGUGCUUAAAAAGGGGUUGGAGGACCCGACUAGGAGCAAGUAUAAGCUUCUAUUGAGCUGUUCACUGAUCAUUACCUCUGUGAUCCCCCCUGAGCUUCCAAUGGAGUUAUCUAUUGCUGUAAAUACGUCUUUGAUUGCAUUGGCACGGCGUGGUAUAUUUUGUACAGAACCUUUCCGAAUUCCAUUUGCUGGGAAGGUUGAUAUAUGUUGUUUUGACAAGACUGGAACGCUCACCUCCGAUGAUAUGGAGUUCUGUGGUGUCACUGGAUUGACCAGUAGUGUGGAUUUAGAAUCAGAUAUGACAAAAGUGCCUUCACGGACAGUAGAAAUCCUGGCCUCAUGUCAUGCCUUGGUGUUUGUGGAAAACAAGCUGGUUGGUGAUCCUCUUGAGAAAGCUGCACUUAAGGGAAUAGAUUGGACAUAUAAAUCUGAUGAGAAGGCCAUGCCAAAAAGGGGAGGUGGUAAUGCUGUGCAGAUUGUUCAGAGACAUCACUUUGCAUCUCACCUGAAACGAAUGGCAGUUGUUGUUCGUGUCCAAGAGGAAUUCUUUGCUUUUGUGAAGGGUGCACCUGAAGUCAUUCAGGACAGACUCACUGAUUUGCCAUCAUCAUAUAUUGAAACCUAUAAGAAAUAUACACGUCAAGGUUCUCGUGUUUUGGCUCUUGCAUUCAAGGCCCUUCCUGACAUGAUGGUUAGUGAAGCUAGAAGUUUGGAUAGAGAUAUCGUGGAGAACGGCCUUACUUUUGCUGGGUUUGCAGUUUUUAACUGCCCUAUUAGGGCAGAUUCAGCUACUGUGUUGUUGGAAUUAAGAGGAUCAUCACAUGACUUGGUUAUGAUCACUGGGGAUCAAGCUUUAACAGCUUGCCAUGUUGCUAGUCAAGUUAAUAUUAUUUCCAAACCAACAUUAAUUCUUUGUCCUUCGAGGAACGGUGAAGGAUAUUCAUGGAUUUCACCAGAUGAGACUGAAUUGAUUAGCUACAGUGAGGAGGAGGUUGGAGGUUUAUCUGAGACUCAUGAUCUCUGUAUCGGAGGUGACUGCUUUGAUAUGUUACAGCAAACUUCUGCUGUUCUUCAAGUCAUUCCUUAUGUCAAGGUUUUUGCUAGGGUUGCUCCUGAUCAGAAAGAACUUAUCAUGACAAUUUUUAAAUCUGUGGGAAGGAUAACAUUGAUGUGCGGAGAUGGAACCAAUGAUGUUGGAGCUCUGAAGCAGGCCCAUGUAGGAGUUGCUCUAUUGAAUGCAGUGCCUCCAACUCCUCAACAUGGAAACUCUUCGUCAGAGCCAUCGAAUAGUGAGGGUACAAAGUCUGUCAAGUCAAAGAAACCAAAGCCCACUGCAGAAGCAGGAAGUAAGGCCCUUAAACUAAAUGCAGAAGGCCCUUCAAAAGGCAGAGCUGCUGCAAGGUUGGAGUCCACUGGCCAGUCAGCUGGUAAUCGCCACUUGACGGCUGUGGAGAUGCAACGUCAAAAGUUGAAGAAAAUGAUGGAUGAGCUAAAUGAUGAGGGUGAUGGUCGUUCUGCUCCAAUCGUAAAGCUUGGGGAUGCCUCAAUGGCGUCACCCUUUACAGCAAAGCAUGCUUCAGUUGCUCCCACCAUGGACAUAAUUCGCCAGGGCCGUAGUACUCUUGUGACUACUCUUCAGAUGUUCAAGAUACUUGGCCUAAACUGUCUUGCGACGGCCUAUGUACUUAGUGUUAUGUACUUGGAUGGUGUCAAACUUGGUGACGUCCAGGCUACCAUCAGUGGCCUUUUUACAGCUGCCUUCUUCCUAUUUAUCUCGCAUGCUCGCCCCCUUCCCAUCCUUUCAGCUGAACGCCCCCAUCCUAAUAUUUUCUGUUCCUAUGUCUUCCUCUCUCUCCUUGGACAGUUUGCUCUCCAUUUGUUUUUCUUGAUAUCUUCUGUAAAUGAGGCUGAGAAAUAUAUGCCAGAUGAAUGCAUUGAGCCGGAUUCUGAUUUCCACCCCAACUUGGUGAACACGGUCUCCUACAUGGUUAGCAUGAUGCUCCAAGUUGCCACCUUUGCUGUGAAUUAUAUGGGUCAUCCCUUCAACCAGAGCAUCUCUGAAAACAAACCAUUUUUGUAUGCCCUUCUGGGUGCUGUUGGCUUCUUCACUGUCAUCACCUCUGAUCUAUUUAGGGAUUUGAAUGAUUGGUUGAAGUUGGUGCCUUUGCCAGUGGGAUUGAGGAACAAGCUACUGGUUUGGGCUUUCCUCAUGUUCUUGUGCUGCUAUUCUUGGGAGAGGUUAUUGAGGUGGGCUUUCCCUGGUAGGAUCCCGGCUUGGAAGAAGCGGCAACAGCUGGUCAAUUCAAACCUGGAGAAGAAGAAGAUAUGAAUUAUUAGUAAACUGAUAGGAAAGAGAGGGACCUGUUGGCGUUUUCGGCAAUGGCUUCUUCAGAAUAGCAUCCCAAAAAGAGAGUUGUAGCUAAAUUUCAAGGAAUGUAAGUUAUGCCACUGAACAGCUUUGCUUAUUAACAGCAAUUGUAUCUCUUAAAUCAAAAGUUCCCUUUUUGCGGCUGGAAAUUUUGUUGAUCUUAUUGAUUUUUCCCUCGUAUUAUAUCCUGGUGAAAGGAUUAAUAUCUUAAGAUACGGGGCAUUUGUAACUGUGACUAUAGAUGCUUUAUGACGCUUGAAGCUCAAUCGAAAGAGUUACUGAGCAUAUUGUUGAUGUUAAAAA